AUGGAAUCAUUAAAAAAUUUUGUUCGAUACAGUUGGUAUUCAUCACCAAAAGUACGUACAAAUAUUAUAAAUGAUCUUAUUGAAUCAUUAAAAACAAAUCAAGCAAAUGAUCUACCAGAUCCUGCUUUAAAAAUAUUGGCUCAUACAAUUGGUCAACUUAUUCCAUUGUAUACAACAACAAAAUCACGUAUUCUUCUUAGUACACUUUUGGAUGAAGUUAUACGAAAAUAUAAGGAAAGAAUUUUGAAAUUAAUUAUCCAUGCAUUCGAUGUACAAUCACGUGCUAUUUGUAAAGUACAUCCACAUCGAAAUGCACGAUUUCAGGCUGAUUAUGGUUUUAUAUAUAUGUCGAGAAUUAUAGUAGCAAGUAAUGGAAUAACAAUUGAAGAAGAAACCGAUAAAUUGAUUUUAUUAAUCUUUUCAAGGUUUAUUUCAACUUUAUUGGCUGAUUCAUCAACUUCUCAAGGAUUAAAAUUAGUUGACAAACGUCUGAAUUCUCUAUUCAAACAGAUUCCAACAUUAGCCGAACAUUGGAUAACUUUAUUAAAAUCGAUACCUGAACAUGAUUUAGCUCAUUUAGGUUUAAUCAGUUCUCUUUUAUAUCGAUUUAAAACAAAAGAACCAACAUUAUAUGAACAAAUCAAAACCAUUGGUAUUGAUUCCUAUUCAAAAUUAAUUCUUGGUACACGAACAAAACCUUAUGAAACAGCAUUAAAACCUUGUAAUGAAAUACAAAGUUCAAUUGAUAUUGAAACAUUUAAAACAAAAGUUUAUCCAAUACUUAAUCGAUCACUUCUUCGUAAUCCUGAAAUAAUUAUCGAAGCUGUACCAUCAUUACUUAGUAAUUUACAAUUCGAUUUAAGUUAUACUGCAAAUGAACUUGCUAAACUUUUAGCUCCACCAUUAAUAUCAAAAACUGAAAGCUUAGAAGCAUCUGCAUUAGCUUCAUUUCGUGCUCUUGCUAAACAAAUUUCAAAUGGUGAAACAACAAUUAGUAUAGUUCAAUAUUUAUUCAAUAUUCUCAAUGGAACUGAUUCAUCUGUCAAUAAAUUAUCGGUCAUAAGUCAACGUGAAAAUGUUCUAAGUGCAAUUGGUACAUUAAGUCGUUCACCAAGUACAAAUAUAUCACAAGAUGAUAUAUUAAAAUUAUUUGAAAAAUAUUUCUAUCCAAUAAUACAACAAGAAGUAAAUGAAGGUCUUAUUUGUCAUAUGUUACAACAAAUGAGUGGUUGGUGUUCAAGAUUAACAACUCAUGAUCAAACAUUAACAGAAUUCUUUAAAAAAGGACUUGAACAAAAAAAUAGUUCAGCGAUUACACGAACAGCUUAUCUUCAAUGUAUGUUAGUGACAUAUAAAGAGAAUAGUUUGAAUAAUUUAAUACCAUUACAUACAACAUUAAUGGCAUCAUAUGAACGUGGUCUUAAUCAACCAACAUUAAUUAAUUGUGUUCAUGAAGCAUUAUCAGCUGCACUUAUUAUGAUAAAUAUUGCUCAAAUGAAUUCUUCUUAUGACAGUAAAUUAACAUCAUUAUGGUCAUCAUUAAAUGAUAGUAAACGACAAAUUUUUACAACAGAUAAAUUUCAAAGAGAAAUCAAUCAAGCUGGUGCUCGUGUUUUCUUUCAAUUAUAUGAACAACUUCAUGGAACAUUACAUAUUCAAGAUAUGGCUCCAUAUACUCGAACAUUUAUUUAUUUAAUUUUACAUUCAUCAUAUGAAAUACGUAAACAAGCAUAUGAUAUAAUUCGUCGUCUUGUUAAUAAUUUACGUUCAAAUGAAACUGAUAUAAGUGUAGCACUUUUAAAUGGAUUAAAUUCAUAUCUUGAUCAUUUUCAAAUAUCAAAUGAAUCUAUGAUAGUUGAUGAAACAAAUCAACAAAUGAAAUUAACAACAAUUUCAAAAAGUUUUGAAGAAACAAUCUUAUGUUUAGCUAAAUCAAUGCGAAUGCAAGAUGAAAAUUCAAAAAAAAUUUUAUCUAUUCAAGCAUUACUUGUUUGUUGUUCAAGUUCAAAUCUACUUUUAACUGAUGAAAAAAUUUGGCUCAAAUUUCUUUAUCUUAUAUUUGAUAAACAACACAAUGAAAUAGAAAAUUAUUUUAAAAAUAAUAUUAAUUCUCUUGUUCAAAUUUGUACAGCAAAUCAAAGAUUAACAAAAGAUCAAAUAUCAGCUAUAGGUCUUCUAUGUUCAAUAAAACCAAAUCUUUUCUUAAAACCUUUUCUUCAAAUUGCUUAUCAACGUCUUGAAGUUGAUCAUUAUUUAUUAGUAGAUAAACGAUCAUAUGAAAUAAUGAAAACACCAUCAGGUCAAUUAUAUGAUAAAAGUGUUAUGGAAACUAUAUUAAAACAUGAAGUAAAAGAAACAGGAAAUAUCAAACGAGAAAGUAAAAAUUAUUCAUAUAAAGAACAAAUGGCAGCAAGAGAAUUAGAAAAAGAAUUAGCUGCUAAACAAAAUAAAAAUGUUCAACAACAAUUAACAAAAAAACAACAAGAAAUGCUUCAACAACAACUUGAUCAUGAACAAAUAAUACGUGAUAGGGUUAAAAAAAUUGAUGAAAAUGCAAAGAAUGUUUUUGAACUUUUAAUAAAUAUUGUUAAAAAUACUCAAGAACAAUUUAUACCUUAUCUUGGUGAACUUGUUGCUCAUAUUUGGCCAACAUUACAAUCACCAGUAGCAUUUAAUUAUGCUAAAGAUUUAUAUCUUAUUCUCGUACCAAUUGUAUUUAUGAAUGAUAAAGAUACAUUUGGUUAUGCUAUUGCAUAUUUGGCUAUUCGACUUAAUUGUGAUCCAUCAACUGUUAAGCAACAAAUAGAUAAACGUUGGCUUCAAGAAGAUUUAUCUUCGGCUGUUGAACGUUUACUUCAACGUUUAUAUGAAAAUACUCAACAAGCUAAAACACUUAAUCAAUUAUCUAUUGCAAGACUUGAUUAUUGUUUACCUUUAUUUAAAAAUAUUGUUAGUCAUUCAAAAUGUACGAAUGAAUGGAUGACAUCAAUAUUGAAUAUUUGUCGAGAAUAUUUUUCAACAGUGUCAACAUCUGAUCCUGAUAAUCAUCCAUCAUUGUUACCACGUCGUGAUCUUAUUCGUUUAUUUCUUGAUAUAAAUGCUGUAUCAACAUCUGUUCAAGUUCAAAAUGACGCAUCACAAAUGCUGGAAAAAUUAUGUGAAUUAUGUUGUACAUAUGAAAAUGAUGAUGAUAUUCAAGUUUUACUUGAAAAUCUUCAAUCAUCUAUUCCAAGUGUACGAGAAAGUUGUAUACUUUCAUUAAAAAAAUUAGUUAAUCAAUUACAUACAUCACAUCCAAAACUUGAAGCUGAUGUUGCACGUCGUUUAUUAAUUGCUUGUGAAGAUCUUGAAGAACGUGUUAAAAAUAUUGCUCUAGAAUUAUGGCCUCAAACAAAAUUAUCAGUUAAAUCUGAAAAUGUUAAAGAUUUUUUUAAAGAUAUUGUUCAUCAAGAUGUUUUUGUACGUGAACCAGCUACACAUGCAUUACCAAAAUUAUUAGAAACAUCUUAUCCUCAAUUAGUUCCAUUUGUUCUUAGUGAUCUUAUUGAUAUUUAUACAAAAAAUAAUAAACUUCCACCACCAAUAGUUGAUCAAUUUGGACGACAAAUACAAGCACAACCAGUUGAUACAUGGGAACCACGUGCUGGUAUUGCUGCCUGUCUUUUUCAUAUGGCAUCACUUGUUGGUAAUAAUAUUGAAGAUUUAUUUAAAUUUUAUGUUCCAACAGCAUUAAAUGAUCGAAAUGUUGAUGUUCGUAGUGAAAUGCUUCGUGCAGCAACAACAACAAUUGAUAUUCAUGGACGAGAUAAUUUAACAAUGUUAUUACAAAUCAUGGAAGAUUUUCUUAAAGAAGCUCCUAAAACAGCUAAUUAUGAUUCUGUUCGUCAAAAUGUUGUUAUUCUUAUGGGUAAAUUAGCUAAAGAUAUGGAUAAAGAUAGUACAAAAGUGAAAAAUAUUCUUGGACAACUUAUAUCAACAUUAAAUACACCAUCACAACAAGUUCAAGCUGCUGUUGCUGAUUGUCUUCCACCAUUAGUACCAGCUAUUAAAGAUGAAGCUGGAGUUUAUGUUCAACAAUUACUUAAUGUUUUACUUCAAUCAGAAGAUUAUGCCGAGAAAAAAGGAGCUGCUUAUGGUUUAGCUGGUUUUAUCAAAGGUUUAGGUAUUCUUGCUGUUAAACAAUAUAAUGUUCUUAAUGAAUUAACUGAUGCUAUUCAAGAUAAAACAAAUGCUAAACGACGAGAAGGUGCACUUUUUGGUUUGGAAAUGUUAACAUCAAUGUUAGGUCGACUUUUUGAAGUCUAUAUUGUUAAUAUAUUACCACAUUUACUUUUAUGUUUUGGUGAUAAUGAUGUUAAAGUUCGUGAAGCUGCUGAAGAUUGUGCAAGAGCUAUUAUGAGCAAAUUAACAAGUCACGGUGUUAAAAUUGUUUUACCGGGACUUUUGAAAGGAUUAGAAUCAGAUUUAUGGAGAACGAAAUGCGGAGCUGUUGAAUUACUUGGUGCAAUGGCACAUUGUGCUCCAAAACAAUUAUCAACAUGUUUACCAAGUAUUGUUCCAAAAUUAAUUGAAGUACUUACUGAUUCUCAUCAACGUGUACAAAAAAGUGGUACACAAGCAUUAAAACAAAUAGGUUCUGUAAUAAAAAAUCCUGAAAUUCAAGCAAUUGUACCUGUUUUACUUGAUGCAUUACAAGAACCAACUAAAAAAACUCAAGCAUCACUUCAUACAUUAAUACAAACACGUUUUGUUCAUUUUAUUGAUGCACCAUCUCUUGCAUUAAUUAUUCCUGUUAUUGAACGUGCUUUUCAAAAUCGUUCAACAGAAACAAGAAAAAUGGCUGCACAAAUUAUUGGAAAUAUUUAUUCAUUAACUGAUUCAAAAGAUCUUGCUCCAUAUUUACCAAAUAUUCUUCCAGGUUUAAAAUUAUCUUUACUUGAUCCUGUUCCUGAAGUACGUGCUGUAUCAGCACAUGCACUUGGUUCAAUGGUUCGUGCUAUGGGUGAAGAAGCAUUUCAAGAAAUUGUUCCAUGGCUUAUGGAACAUCUUGUACUUGAAUCAAGUCCAGUUGAUCGUUCAGGUGCUGCACAAGGUUUAAGUGAAGUUAUAUUUGGUCUUGGUGCUGAUCGUCUUGAAAAAUCUAUGAAAGAAAUUAUUGAACGAUCACAACAAAUUGAUUUAGCUGCACAUGUUCGAGAUGGUUAUAUGAUGAUGUUUAUUUAUUUACCAAUUAGUUUUGGUGAAAAAUUUGUUCCAUAUGUUGGAAGAAUAAUUCCACCGAUUUUAAAAGGUUUAGCUGAUGAAACAGAAUUUGUUCGUGAUACAGCACUUAAAGCUGGUCAACGUAUUGUUAAUAGUUAUGCUGAAACAGCUAUAUCAUUAUUUGUACCAGAACUUGAACAAGGUCUUUUUGAUGAUAAUUGGCGUAUACGUUAUAGUUCAGUUUUAUUACUUGGAGAGUUAUUAUUUAAAGUAUCGGGUGUAACAGGAAAAGCAACAACAGAAAGUGUUGAUGAAGAUGAUAAUUUUGGUACAGAAUAUGGUUUACAAUCUAUAACACAUUCAUUAGGACGAGAUCGACGUGAUAGAGUUCUUUCAGGUUUAUAUAUGGGUCGAUCAGAUAUUGCAUUAACAGUACGACAAUCAGCUUUACAUGUAUGGAAAACAAUUAUAUCAAAUACACCACGUACAUUAAGAGAAAUUUUACAAACAUUAUUUACACUUUUAUUAGGCUGUUUGGCAAGUUCAAAUUUUGAUAAACGACAAAUUGCUGCAAGAACAUUGGGUGAUUUAGUUCGAAAAUUAGGUGAACGUGUUUUACCUGAAAUAAUUCCUAUUCUUGAAAAAGGUCUCGAUUCACCACAAAGUGAUCAACGACAAGGUGUUUGUAUUGGACUUAGUGAAAUUAUGGCAGCAUGCAGUCGAGAUUAUAUUAUUGCAUUUUCAAAUACAAUAAUUCCAACAGUACGACGUGCUUUACUUGAUCCAUUAGUUGAAGUUCGUCAAUCAGCUGCUAAAACAUUUGAAAAUCUUCAUUCAAGUAUUGGUACACAAGCAUUAGAUGAUAUUUUACCAUAUUUAUUAAAUGUUAUGCAAAAUGAUACAAUAUCAACUACAACAAAUGGAACCGAACGUCAACAAGAAGAUGAAGAACAAGAACGAGAAGAAACUGAACGUGAUUAUGCUCUUGAUGCUUUACAACGUAUAAUGCAAUUAAAAUCUCGUGUUGUUUUACCAUAUCUUGUUCCACAUCUUAUACAAUCACCAGUUGAUAUAAAAGCAUUAGCAAGUUUAACAUUAGUUGCUGGUGAUGCAUUAGUAAGACAUUUAAGUCGUAUUAUUCAAGCUGUUAUUACACAUAUUGCUGAAGAAAAAGAUCCUCAAGCUAAACAACAACAUAUGUAUUAUGCUGAACAAUUAUUAGCAGCUAUUAAUGAUCCUGAAGGUAUACAAGUUGUUAUACGUGAAUCACAAGAAUUUUCACGUUCAUCAAAAGUUAACAUUCGUUUAGUAACAAUUAAUUUAUUAUUAUCAUUUUGUAAACAAUCAAAAAGUUCAUAUCAAGAAUAUAUUGAUGAUCUUAUUCGUAUUGGUAUUAGCUUAUUUAAUGAUGAUAAUGAACAAAUACUUAAUACAGCAUGGGAUUGUGUUGAUGUUAUUAUUAAAGAUAUGGAUCAACUUGAAUUACAAAAACGUUUACCAAUUGUUCGACAAGCAUUACGUAUUGCACAAUCAAAUAGUCGAGAACGUGGUCGACUUUCUGGUUUAUGCAUACCGAAAAAGGGUAUUGGAUGUAUUUUACCGAUAUAUAAAGAAUGUAUUCUUAAUGGUCCUCCAGAAUUACGUGAAUCUGGUGCGAAUGGUUUAAAUGAAGCAAUUAAUCUUUCGGAUGCUGAAGCUCUUAAAUCAUCAAUUAUGAAUGUGACAGGUCCAUUAAUUCGUGUAUUAGGUGAACGAUUUAGUACUGAUAUUAAAGUAGCUAUUCUUGAAACAUUAAGUACAUUUAUGGGAAAAGUUGGUGUUCAAUUAAAACCAUUUUUACCUCAACUUCAACCAACACUUCUUAAAGGUCUUAAUGAUCCAGCACGUCAAGUUCGUGUUAAAGCUGGUAAUGCUUUAGGAUUACUAAGUCACAUUCAUGUACGAAUUGAUCCAAUAUUCGUUGAACUUUUAAAUGGAUUAAAAAUGAAUGAUGAUUCAUCAUUCAAAGAAACAUAUUUAUUAGCAUUAAAAAUUUGUUUAGCAGCAGUUGGUUCAAAAAUAUCUGACGAUGUAAAAAAACAAACUGAACAAUCACUAAUCAAUUGUCAAUCAAAUGAAAGUGAUAUUGUUCGACAAUUAGCAUCAAAUUGCAAAGAAAUUUUAUUAUCGUCUAAUUAA